UUACCACCCGCCCUUUCCUAUAUAACACUGCCCCGCCAGCCUCCUCCGCUGUCCGCUUACCUUCCCCCUUCUCUUCCGGGCCAGUUCGGUCGAUCGGAACUGAAUCCCGCAUUUGUACUUCCUUCCCUUUCCCUUUCGUUGGAGGAUUUCUGAGGAGAUUGGAACUUGGCUGGAUAUCUUAAGGGAUUUAGGUCUUUGAGGCUUGGGAUGACGAUCUCGAAUGGGGACGGGGAUUCGGCAGCUAAGGAUGGCAGAAGGGAGAGGAAGCGGAAGCGCCGGGCGGAGCCAUCACUGGUUAAGUGGAAGACGGAGGGCGAGCAGAAGACCUACUCCUCCAAGCUCAUCGAGGCCCUCCGGCGCGUGCGCCGAUCAUCUGCUACGGGAGCGGCGUCAGCGGCCACGGACCACUCGCGUAGCCGCGCCGUACGGGAGGCGGCGGACCGGGCGCUGGCGGCCGCGGCGCGAGGCCGGACGCGGUGGAGCCGCGCGAUCCUCUGCGGCCGGACGCUCAAGCGCAGGGUCCUUCCGCGGGCCGGCCGACCGAAACCCGUCGGGCCGGCCCGGGCGGCGGAGAGGAGCAAGCCGCCGGCCCUGAAGACGAAGGCGAGGGUCCUAGGCCGGCUGGUCCCCGGCUGCCGCAAGCUGCCCUUGCCAUCGCUUCUAGAGGAGGUAUCGGACUACAUCGCGGCGCUCGAGAUGCAGGUCCGGGCCAUGAGCGUGAUCGCAGAGGCCCUCUCUGCCGUCGGCGGAGCCCCGUCACCGGCUCAAACGGAGGGGCCGAUAUGAAUCGGAUGCGAUCGCCGAAGGUCCUCCUCUUCUCCUCUCUAUUUUUGCUGCUAAUCUUUGAUUUGCUGUCGCCGGUAGCUCCGCAUUUUGUUUAGUAUGUGCACUACUCUCUGGCUUUCGUUUUCUCCUUUCUUCUCUUUCGAAGGAGCUCCACUUCACAUGUUACCCACACCAUUUCAUAUUUGCAUUCCACCUAUUUCAUCGAUCAAGAAACUGAGUUACCGCUGUAAUUUAUGGAAAGAUAAUAUGUAUAUUGGUCUUGGUGGAUUGGGACAUAACUCUAUGUAUGUGUACAUCUGUUUGAGCCACAUCCGUCAGGGUGGAGGUCAAUUGGAACAAUCAUCAUCAUCUACUUACACUCGUGAGAGUCUUUGGAUUCCCCUUGUUUGAGUGAUGGAAGGAAAUGUACAUGUGCAAGUGGAUAGAAUUCAUGUGAAUCCGACUUUACAGCAAGGAGAGAGAAGCGUUCGAGGCAUUGGAUGGCUGGGUCCGAAGGCAAAGGUGAGGGUAACAAACAAAGCAGACGUAACUGUGUCAACUGCACAGCACAUGGAUGUUGAGGAGGUUGAGAAUAGAUCCAUGUGAGGGGGUGCCAUGGGUUCAUGGUGCCCUUUCUCUGCCCUCUCUCUGCCUGUUGCCAACAUGAGACAUGUUUUUACUGCCAUCACGAUAACAGACUCCACGGAGGCUUCCAAGGGAGUGAGGAGAAUAUUAACUGGCACCUUUAGAAAGAUAAUUUUAUAAGAUUAAAAAUUUAAAAAAAAUACUUUUAUUGAAGUAAUCGAAUUAAAUAUUUUAUUUUUAUAAAUAUAAAAAAAAAAAAAUUAAUAUAAUUUGUGAAAGUAUAAAAAUUGGGAUGAGUAGUAAUAGCCCGAUCGGAGACUGCUCCUUUCCCUACGCACACCCGCACGGUCAAGCAGAUCCAGGCCGUCCACCCUCUUGAGAGCUUCACCGCCUCGACGUCUGCCGUCGAGAAGCGCCGUCGCUGCGGCCAGAUCGAGUAGCUUAUCGAGGAGGCCGAGGACGAGCUCAAGCUCGUCGCCGAGAUGAUCGGGUCUCCUGUGAGAUGUCAUCUCGCUGGUAGAGACCAGGGAAGGGUGGUUGACUUGGAACCAAAUGCCCGUCCUCCACCAAGCAUUGGGCCGCAGCUAUUUGAUUGGGUUGGGACUGUGCUUGGGAGGCGUACAUGGUGAUCUGAGCUUGUGUCUCAGCUAGCUCACGUUGAACGACACUAAUCUCCCUCUGCAACAUUGAGAUGAACCCAACACUCCCAUAAACCGGAUCCUGCACACGCCAGUAGGCCUCCAUCGCAAUGGCAUCUGCGGCUUGUCUUCUGUGCUCCACUGGAAUUUGCUGCGAGAUGCACAUUCUGAUGUCAGUAUCUUCUUAAAAUGUGGCACACAACUUCAAUGCCUUUACUGUUAGUUUUAUGACUUGGUAAGGGUGUCUUUAAGGUUAUAAGGAAAUAUUUCCCACAGAAUUCUAGACAUGCAAGGUUGAAUUGUCAUCAUGAAGAGGGUAUACGUUAUUCUAUUAGUGAUGUUACUGAUAACUACUUGUUGGUUGAUUGCAGGUUCUCCAAUAGAACAAUACAGUGAGGCAGCUGCAAUCAGGGAAGGUCUCCAGUAUCUUUUUAAGAGAUAAAAAUGCGAAGAAUGCAUGUUGAAGCAGAUCCAAAGACGACGAUAUACAUCUAAGACAUACUGUGGACUUCAAAUUCUCACAAGUAUACUGGCAAGUUCACGGUAGUUGUGAUCAUGAACUGGUGAUUGCAACCACAAGGAGAAGUGUUGGAGGAAGAACACAAACCUGCAGCAUUCGAGCGACGUUGCUGGCCCCAAAGAUUCUGUGAACGCAGGCAAAUCUAUGGGGGUUGGCGGAGGGGAAGUAAGGCGCCAACACGCAGUCCUCACAGCAUCUCCUCCUCAGAUACCGACACGCCGCGCAUCGAGUUGGAUUCGACAUGGCGGCUCACGUUGUCGGCGCUUCUUAGAUUGACCGAUUUAUUGCGACGGAGGGAGCUCCCCAUCAAGGAAAGCUCAACGGCUAGUGAUUUGAACAGGAGAGGGAAGAACAUGGAAGAUGUGAUUUUUGAGAUGAUUGGCGGCGUUCUAAAUGGUUAUUCGUAGAUAUGCUGACGAUAUUGUAUAGGUUGCGUUGCGGCUUUAAAGGAUAAGGGAGUAAGAAGCCUCUUUUGUGAUUAGUAGUUUUGAAUUUUGUUUAUCAUGGAUGCACAGAGAUCAAUCGAGAGAGAUGUUGUUGUGGAUCUGGAAAGUGGCAUGAAUGCACUAAUCAACCAACGAGAGGGAGCAAAAGAUGUGGACUUGAGUGCGGGGCAGGGGAGAAGAGUGAUGAAUAAGGGAUGGGGUGGUCUUAUGGGCAUCGAUGGGUUCAUGCAUGUUGAAGAAGCUGCGAAAUCAGCAAACAUUAUGACAAGUUGUUCUGCGCUUCCUCUGACAAAUGCUGAAGCUUCAGUGGACAAGAGAGACAGAGGAGAGGAAGGCCCAAACCUGUUGGAGAAGAAGGUGGGAGCCGAGAAGACUAAAAAGAAGGGCUGUAAGAAGCCUCCAAAACCUCCCCGGCCUCCCAAGUCACCACCUUUGGAUGCUGCUGAUCAGAAGCUGAUAAGGGAGAUCUCUGAGCUUGCCAUGAUGAAGCGGGCAAGGAUCGAGCGAAUGAAACUGAAGAUGAAGAAUGCCAAGUCGACAUCUUCUAAUGGCAACUUGUGUGCCUUGGUUGUUACCAUUCUUUUCUGCCUUGUUAUAAUCUGGCAAGGAGCUUUCUCUGGAGGCAAUUCUACUGCUGGAUUUCAUGGUUCCCCUGAAUCUUCCCUAAGGAUUGGCAGUGGAUUGAUCUCCGUUCGAAUCCACAAGAAGGCCUCGGAAAAUGGCCGUAAUAUGCCUUACUCAGCAACUCCAAAUAACGGGGAACCAGUUUCUUGAUGAGAUUACCAUUUGAAAGCGAGCAGACUUCUGAAGAUUCAAACUCAAAUCCUGCAAUCCCAGAGAUAGUAACCUUCAUCAGACCUCAUUCUAAACGACUUAUUUCUCCUUUUUCUUCUUUUAUUUUUCGGAGGCCGAUAUCUGCAUUGUGUUUUCUCGUUAUUAUGGUUUGUACAUAUGAGCAGACAACUCCUUUCAGAACACAUGCAUUUUGUAAAUGAUAGGAAGCUCCUGCUAUUUGUUCUUGCCUUCAA